AUGUCGACACAGAUACCCCAGAGAUCCGCAAAGCGCCAGCGCCUGCUCGACAAGGCCGCAAACGCCCAGGCCGCCGCCAUGGCCGCAGAUGGAAAGCUCGGCCCCUCGACCCAGACCCUCGUCAUCCAGUUCCAGUCGGGCCAGGACGGAAGCCUCAUGGGGCCCAGCAUCAACCUCCCCGCAGCCACGACCGGACAGCGCGAACUCCAGAUGAUCAUCAACCAGCUCAGAAGGCAGCUCAAGCAGUCCCAGCCCAGAAAGCAGCACAUCGAGGGCCAGGAUGACGACGACGACGAUGAUGACGACGACGACGACGACGACCUGCCCUAUGCCUUUCACGUCAACCUCGAGCAGUACCAGCAGCAGCAGCAGUCCGGGCAACCGGGCGCCGCACAGACCGACCAGGCCACCCAGGAGCUCAUCAAGAGCAACAACCGCCUCCCCAUCAACGAGUCCAUCACCGCAGACAUCCUCAACGCCUCGGCCGCAAAGAAGCUCGGCAUGAGCCAGGAAGAGACCCUCACCGUCGUCUUCGAGCCACAGGCAGUCUUCAAGGUGCGGCCCGUCAGCCGAUGCUCGAGCACCCUCAGCGGACACGCCUCGCCCAUCCUCUGCAGCACCUUUAGCCCCACGGCCUCGCUCCUCGCCACGGGCGCCGGCGACAAGACGGCCAGGAUAUGGGACCUCGACACCGAGACGCCCAUGCACACCCUCGUCGGUCACUCGGGCUGGGUCCUCUGCGCAGAGUGGGAGGGCCGCGAGAGGAAGCUCGCCACCGGCGGCAUGGAGGGCGACGUGUGGGUCUGGGACGCCCUCGACCCCAACUACACCGGACGCAAGGGCUGGGCAACGCGCACGGGCAAGCAGGUCGACGAGGAGCGCGCCGCCGCCGCCGCUGCCGCAGGCGCUGCUGAUGGUGCUGCGGCAUCCCCAGGCGAUGCUGCGGCCGACGGCGCCGAUGACGACGCCACCGCCGCCGCCGCUGCCGCGCCCAAGAAGAUGUCGGUAGCCGAGCGACGAGCGGCCCGCCACGCCGCGCCGCCCGGCAAGCAGCUGCGGGGCCACACCAAGUGGAUCACGUCGCUGUCGUGGGAGCCGAUCCACAGCAACGCCGUCUCGCCACGGCUGGCGUCGUCGUCCAAGGACGCCACGGUGCGCGUGUGGAACGUGGCGCUGCGGCGGUGCGAGUACGUGCUGGGCGGCCACACGGCGUCGGUCAACUGCGUCAAGUGGGGCGGCGAGGGCGCCAUCUACACUGCCUCGUCGGACCGCACCGUCAAGGUGUGGAGCGCCGACGGCGGCAAGCUGAUCCGCAACCUGAGCGAGCACGCCCACUGGGUCAAUACCAUUGCGCUCUCGACCGACUUUGCGCUGCGCACGGGGCCCUUUGACCACCGUGGGCGCGCCGCCGUUGCCAAGCUCGAGGGGUCCACGCCGUCGUACGCCCAGCCGAGCGACGACGAGGCAAAGGAGGCCGCGAUCAAGCGCUACGCCGAGGCCACCGCCAACGGCUCCAAGCCCGAGCUCAUCAUCACGGGGUCCGACGACCACACCCUCUUUCUGUGGCCACCGCAGAUUUCGGGGCGCGCCGAUGCGGCGGCCGCUGGGGCGGGUGCGGGUGUGUCGCUCAAGAAGCCGACGGCGCGGUUGACGGGGCAUCAAAAGACGGUGAACCACGUCUCGUUUUCGCCCGACGGGAGCCAGGUGGCGUCUGCGUCGUUUGACAACUCCAUCAAGCUGUGGAACGCGCGCACGGGCGCCUUUAUCGCGACGCUGCGCGGCCACGUCGCCAGCGUGUACCGGCUGGCGUGGAGCUCCGAUAGCCGGCUGCUCGUCUCGGCCAGCAAGGACUCGACGCUCAAGCUCUGGGACCCCAUCAAGACGUUCAAGAUCAAAAAGGACCUGCCGGGACAUCAGGACGAGGUCUACUGCGUCGACUUCGUCGCGGAUAAAGUGGCCAGUGGUGGGCGGGAUCGCGUCGUCAAGAUCUGGAAACACUAG